CUUAUCUCCAACAGAUUUUUUCGUUUGGAUUUUUCCUUUUCGUUCUGAUAUAUUUGUCUCUCUAUUUUUUGCUCCUGGGGAUAUUUGGUGCUUGAAUUGUUGGAGGGUUUGGGAUUGGGAUGGAGGAGAGGUAUGAGGCAGUGAAGGAUCUUGGCUCUGGGAAUUUUGGAGUGGCAAGGCUGGUCAGAGAUAAGAAGACAAAGGAGCUUGUUGCUGUCAAAUACAUAGAGAGGGGAAAAAAGAUUGAUGAGAAUGUUCAGAGGGAAAUAAUAAAUCACAGAUCGUUGAGGCAUCCAAAUAUUGUCAGGUUCAAAGAGCUCUUGCUGACUCCAAGUCAUUUAGCAAUUGUCAUGGAAUAUGCAGCUGGCGGUGAACUUUUUGAGAGGAUAUGCACUGCUGGUAGAUUUAGCGAAGACGAGGCAAGGUUUUUCUUCCAACAGCUGAUAUCCGGAGUCAGUUAUUGUCAUGCCAUGGAAAUUUGUCACAGGGAUCUGAAACUGGAAAACACACUCUUGGAUGGCAGUGCUUCACCACGUCUUAAAAUAUGCGACUUUGGAUACUCCAAGUCUGCUAUACUGCACUCACAGCCAAAAUCAACUGUUGGAACGCCUGCAUACAUUGCUCCAGAGGUUCUGUCGCGGAAGGAAUACGAUGGAAAGAUUGCAGAUGUUUGGUCCUGUGGUGUGACGUUAUACGUGAUGUUGGUGGGAGAAUAUCCUUUUGAGGAUCCUGAAGAUCCUAGAAACUUUCGUAAGACCAUUGAGAGAAUUAUGAGUUCCCAGUACACCAUACCCGACUAUGUACGUGUUUCUGCAGACUGCAAGCACCUACUUUCUCGUAUUUUUGUUGCCAACCCUUCUAAGAGGAUCAGUCUUCCUGAGAUAAAAAAGCACCCUUGGUUUCUGAAAAAUCUGCCGAAAGAGCUAAUUGAGGUUGAGAGAACAAACUACGCGGUAGUGGAGCGUGACCAGCCUAAACAGAGCAUUGAAGAAAUAAAUAAGAUCAUAUGCGAGGCAAGGACACCAGGGGAAGGUGGAUCGAAAGCAGGCGGUCAAGCUGUUGCUGGGCCGUCUGACUCUGAUGAUCUAGAGACUGAUUUGGACGCCGAAGUCGAUGUCAGUGGUAGCUUUUCAGGCUAUCCGUGAGCAUGAUAUCGGAAGGAUUUGUUCUUUUUAGAGUUUGUUUACACACAUAAAAAAUACUUCCCUUGGACAUCUCACAUUUAUGGUGUUGAUCACAUUCAUGCUAUACACAUUUGUACAAAUAAUUUGAACAUAUUGAAGUGGGAUUGAGUUAUUUCCAUUGUAUGUAGAUUGUAUUUGG